AGCAGACUCCAAGGUAGAAGGUUCUCUGCAGAGAGCAGCUGUGUCUAGGUCUGUGUCAAAACAGCGCUGACUUAAGACAACGGAGAAGUUUGGCAAGUUCCUAUAAUGGCUGACAUUGCAUUACUUGUGAUCAAAAUGACCAUAAUUGUCAUAUCCGCCCAGGAAACCGAAUCCCUGAAGGAGACGACGCCCUUCCUACGAGAAGCAGAUCCUACGAAGGCAAUCCUUCCGCAAGAAGUCAUCGAGGGACGCAGGACUGACGUCCUAGGGUGGAAAAAUCAAACAGGUCCGGAAUCGCUAACGGACAAUGGCUGCUCUACCGUUUCUCUAGGCCGGGACGGUAGGGCUUUAAAUUUGGACAUCCGGUCCUACGAGCUUUUGGCGGUGCUUGGAGUGCCAUCCGUGGCUCUGGUCUUGCAGUGCCAGGAAGAGCCGUCUCACCUGAAGAUGCUCCGUACCUGGGGAUCGAAGGGCCUUUCGGUGUGCCUAUUCAACUCCUCCAUGACCUUAACAAAGUCCCUGAUGAAGGACCCCGACCGGAGUCCCUGCUUCCUGAGGCGCCAGUGGACUGCCGUCCUUGUGGGGAGUCCUCAGUGGUCCGCUGAAGUCAUCAGAUCCUCUAAGACUCUUGGACUCUAUGAUUCUAGAGUCCACUGGGUCGUGGUUGCAGCAGAGGAAAGGGAAUCAGGUUCAAUAACUCCGACACUUUCUGCCUUCGAAAUCCACCAACGGGUGACCUGGCUCCUCUGGGUCUGGAAGUUCAAUGACUGGGUCAUUUUGGUCAGCAGUCCCACAAGAAACGGACUUGUAGCGAGACAAGCAGGGCACUGGAUUGCAGAUAGAGAUGGCAGACAUUCCCUUCAGGCCAGCAAGCCUCUGAGACCACCUUACACGGAGAAUUUCUUCGGCCGGUUGAUCAGAGUGGUUAGCAUGAGGGAUACUUACCCAGACUUCGUCCAGUCGACGACCAGCCGCUGUUACUUCAAGAAGGACGGAACUACCAGGUGCAUAGGCUACGAGGGCGAGACCUUCACCAUCAUCGUCGAUUCUCUGAACCUCACGAUAACCAACAGAAAGGUGGAUACUUGUGGGAUUCCCACCGACAAGAACAGCAGAGUGGUUGUCAUCUCCAGAGAGGAAGCGGACAUCUCCCUCGGUAUCUGUUCCAUGACGGCCGAGCGCUACCAGAUCGCUGAAUUCACGGAAUUCUACAUUGGAGUGAGAUCCAGCAUCCGAUCUUCGGAGCCGCACCUCGUGAGGGGGACUUUCCUGAUCUUCAGCGUCUUCAGUUGGACGACAUGGGUGACCACUUCCCUGUACAUCGUCUUCGUCGUAAUAACCCUGUGGGUUCUAAGCAACAUCACCGCGUCCCUGGGGCUCCAAUCCGAGCGAUCCCUGGCCUCCAUUUUGGAUCAGGUCUUACGGUCUUUCAUCUGCCAAGGCUACGAGAUGGAAGAUGCCAGCAUGUGCGUUCGCUGCCUGGUGGCUGUGAGUUGGCUGGUGACCAUCACGCUGGUCUCCAGCUACUCUGGGAACCUCACGGCUUGGCUGUCUAUCCCAAGACUGGAACGACCAAUCAACUCCCUCAACGACCUUGCGAAGAGACCAGACAUCGAAACUUACGUCGCCAUCAACAGCGAAAAUCACCAGCUCUUUAUGAACCAAACCAAAGGCAUUCUGGGUGCUAUCAGCAAACAUGUGGUGCCAGACACAGGGGCAGACUUUGCUAUCAAACAACGGAGAAUCAUCGACGGGAAAGCAGCGGCUAUAAGUAGUGACAGCUUCCACUACUUCACUGCCACAUAUUACAACCAAAUGGAGGGGAUACGAGGAUUCGCACCCUGCAGGCUUCACAUAUCGGCUGACCCUGUCAUACAAACGUACUAUACGUUCAUUGUCAAUAAAAACAGCUGGUUUAAGGAACAGAUGGAUACACGAAUCAGAUGGCUUCGAUCGUACGGCAUCGUCCACCAACUGGUCAAGAAGUUUGACCCGCCCGGGUCAUCGCAGAGCCUGAACAUGACCCAACUCCAGGGCAUCAUCUGGGUGUGGCUGACGGGCAUCCUACUGUCUGCCAUUGUGUUCUUGACGGAGCGUUUUGUAGGAGAGAAGUCUUGAACAGAAUGGAAUUUGCUAUAAUUAUAACUUUUGGCCUCAAGUGUACGUCGUAACCAUCUUAUAGCCCCUUUCCUCUUAGGGUGAAACAAGUUUAUAAAUAUCUACAAAUCAAAAUAAUAU